GUCCAAGAUUAGCAUCGGCCAGGAGCGACGCAGGAAGUGAGCAUCUCUGCCGGUCCGUCGAUCUUCUUCGUUGUUUGAUUCGCCUGAUCGGAAUAUUCAAUUUGACUUUUAUUGCAAUUACGCGCACGAGAAAUUUGCGCCGGAAGCGUGGAGGGAUUAGUAUGCGUGUCUGGUAGCAAAACCUAGCGAUGGCCUACACAAACGUCCCCUCUUCGAGUCUGGUGUGUCUGCCGGCGAUGCUGGAGGCGACCCAUUGCCGCAGACCCUCUCUCAUGUUGCGGAGUCUCAGCAGCUCGUCCAACCCUCUGCCCUACCGCUGCGGCCACUCACCCCUCACCACCUUCAGCAUCCCCCUGGACGAGUACAAAGAGUCGCACUACAAGGUGCCCCCGACCAGCAGCAGAAUCGACCAGCCGGGCGCCGAGUUGUGCGUCGGCAACCGAAGGCAUUCCAUCAGCGGCGCCUUCAGGGAGUCGGAAUUGCUCGCCUCCGUUCAGGGACCCACAGGCACCUUGAAGGGCUUUCGCAGGGCGACGAUCGAGGCUGAAGUUCAUCAGCAGCCGGCCGAGGGCAAGAAAAUCAGGAUCAAAGCAUUGGUGCCAAUGCCGCCGAUGAGGUCCAGCGGCAGCAGGGAUGACAUCCUCAUCCUCUCAAACCAGCAAAGUCACGUGGCCAACCUUUGGGCCAACUACCUCUCGUCAUGCUUCGAGCAAAUGUGCCAAAAGCGAAACAGGCCACCCUUCAGGAUUUUGCGUGUUGGUCUGGACGACAUUGUUGGCGCCGUUCCUUUUGCUCUCGAGGAACGCAUUGUCCAGGUCAAACUGAAGCUGGUGAUCAUGUGCCCCAUGUUUUUGCAACAAGUCAUGGAGCAUCCGAAACCCAGCCUGGACCUGACCAAACUGCUCAGCCCCAACAGGGUUCUGGCGAUGCUUUUGGGCGUCGAGGAGGAACAAGUCACUGAGCAACACCGUGCAGCAAUAGCAAAUUUCAAUCAGUGGCAACGUGUUGCCGUCAGAAAUAAGGAUGCAGCGUUUGUAAGCGAGUUUCUCAACGACUCGAUGGCGAUCCUCACGCGAGUGGCUCAGGAGGAACAGUCCAUGAACCAAAAUAAAGCCGCAUUUUCCCUCCAGCCCAAGAAAGUCAACAACGCGCACAACAAAGUUCUCGUCAUGCUCAACGAGCCUGUCGGUCCGGAGGACAACCUCAAAAUCACCAUCAGCAAGUGCGGCGAAACGGUCGAGGUUUUGACCGCCAAAAAGAGGAACCCUUACACCAUCAUGUUUACAGUACCAGAGUCGUGCUUAGUGGUGUCAAUGCUAGUUGGGGUCCAAGUGGAGAAAAACGGUGUUUCAAUGGGAUGCCGACAGAUAAAGUGCGAAAGUCGAAUGCGCGAACUCGACCAGCUUUUGAGGAACAUAGGCAACCCUCUUGACUUCAUAUGCCAGACUCUCGGAGUGCAAAUGGGUGAAAGAGAUCAGCUGGACAACUAUAUGGUCAGCGCAUUCCAAAAGAAUGUUCCUCCUAAUUUCAAUCUGCUGCAAUCACAAGACAGCAACACAAGGAAAUCAGUCAUUUGCUCUGAAGAAUAUCCGACUCUGCUUCACUUUGCGGCAAAGUUUGGCCUGGAAAAAUUAGUCUGGCAACUGAUGGAGUGCCCAGGUGGAGACGUUGCAAGCGAGAUGAGGAACUGCCACGACCAAACACCCACAGAAAUAGCCGAGCUGGCUGGACAUGCAAAAGUGGCAAACACCAUCAGAGGAUAUACACAAAUGAACGAGUUCACAAAUAUCUACAGCUACAUGAAGAUGACUGCUGAGAACAAAGGAAAAUACACAGUUGAAGACACGUACAACCUGCCUAGGCCACUCAAUGAAACUUAUCAGGUGCCGCCUGCGGCCAGACCAUUCAGAAAAGCUUCGACGUCAUCGAAUGGGUCGUCGGAUGCCGACCAUCCUUUAGAAUAUCUGCGAAUGAACUCUUUGAAAAAAAAUUCAAAGAAGGAGAACCAUUCGCCCAAUCAUCACCCCAGAUCUUUGAGCAGAAAGGAGACGUUUGUUCACUCCGAUGACUCGAUCACCGUCGAAAAGAACAAGCACCACACCAGUGAAGAAAGUAUUGGGGCUGCUUCAGCGAGCAAGCAGAGCAAAUCGCGAGAGCAACUGGCGUUUUCAACUGACGACGAGCUAGUGGAGAUCUUUAACGAUUUCAAGAACAAUGUUUACACACUGGCCGAAGUGGAAAAGUUGGUCGAGAGCUGGAAAAACAGGAACGACGUUCAGCAGUCCCUGAUCGAGAAGCAAGAGUAUUUCAAGCAGCUGCGGGCAGACUAUGACAGAAUCCAAAAUAAAAUGAAGGAGGACAUGAAAAGAACAACCCCUUUUGACAAACUAAAGAAGUUUUUCUUUCGAGGAAAAGAAAAAAGUGUGUCCAAAGCAAAUCAGGAAAGGAACAACAACCAUGGACUGAACUCCUCCCUGGAGCCGAACAUUCAGCACGGUUUACCCUUCAGGCCUACUAGCAGUCUCAGUAUUAACAGCAACUGCAGCUCUUCGUCGUCAGAAAGAAUGAGCACCGGAAGCAAUUGCAGUGGCACUAGUCUAGGGGACAGUGGCACCCAUUCAGACCACGAGGACAGAAAAGCCAUUUUGACUAAUUUGAAGGAACCUCCUCAAAUUGUGGAGGAGGAAGAGGACGAUUCGCUUAACCACGAAUACACCGCUGUCCAGAAUUACUCAGUUCCUCCGCUACCUCGUCCAGUCAUGGAGGCGAAGAACAAGCCGAAAGUCGCCAAAAUUCACCUAGAGGAGCUUCCGCCCUUACCAGCGCCCAAUCGGCCUUGCAACUUGUCCAUCAAAGAAGAGGAUCCAAACGCCUACAUCAUACCUGAGUGCCUACUCAAUCCUGCCGGACAUCCAGACACACCGCCUGUGACACCUCACACAGCCGACUCUGAGAAUGCGCCCGACUACAUGAACUGGUCUGCUCCUCAGGACAAGAUGCCCAGCUACAUGAACCUCGUUCCCCCUCCAGUACCACCAAGAUUGUCGGCCAGACAACCUGCUCUGGUGUAGGAUAAGUCAAUCUUUUCUAUUUAAGUUCUAGAUUUUAAGGCCUUGCUGGUGGUGAAUUGAUUACCUUUCUUUGAUUGAUUUAAAUAUAUAUAUGACGAUUUAUAUAUAAAAUUAUAUAAUCAAAACUGACCGAUUGAUUUAAUUAUUAGAGUCCCACAAUUUUAAAUUAGAGCACACAUUAUAAAGAUAUUAUUGAAACUCUGAGAAGUCUCUAAUUGUGUAAUCUGUGAUUGAAAGGAAUUUGCACAAAGUAUGAACUACUAUUACAAAAAAAAACUUUUGUUGUGUAAAGUGAACUUCUAAAGUCAAUUGAAAAUCAAUUUAAUAUUAAUUAUAUACCACCUAUUGUGUAAGAUUGCUCGAUAUGCUGUCAGUUUUGUACACCAAAGUGUGAUGCAUGCCAUUUUUUAAUAAUUCUGAACUGUAUAAUUUGUACUUCUGCGCUUUAAUAAAAAUUACCACAAAAUAUA